AUGGCGGCGAAGAAGACGAUCAUUCUGAGGUCGCUCCAUGAAUAUAGCGAACUGGCAUCGACUGAGCUGAUCCAGAAUGACAAGGACGCUCGUGGUGGCCCUGAGGCGGCGGCAUUCUUCUAUUUUGAUGCUCCCAACCAGGUAUUCUGUGCAGACGUCGACCGACAUGAUCAGCACUCCAUGUCGCAAUUUCUUGCUCGUAUGGCUGGUUACAUCGAGCAUCAUGAAUCGAAUCAACCCGGGUUUGACGAUGAGCCACGAAUUCGUCCAGUGGAAGGUACGGUGAUGCCAGACAUCAUCCCAGAAGAAUACGACGUAGAGAGCGCCGAGAAAAAUGUUCUAUUACAGUAUCAGUCGGACGAGGAAGCCGAUGAUCACUAUGUGCUGGACGGAUUGGUUCAUCUGACCACCUAUUGGCAGCCUGCGAACGGGAACAUCGGCAUUCUUCCACCUAUGUACGCAAAAGACAUCACACAGUCGACAGGCUCCUCUCUUUUUGCUGAAGAAGCUGAAAAGCGAUACCGGAUCUUCCAAGGAGACUUCAAACUGGCCCGCGAAAAGCUCCUGAGGCUCGAGCCACUACUCGUAAUCAUUGAUAAACAGUCCGGCAACAAACCGCUCUCGGCAACUGGCAACCUCCUCAUCUGGCCACCAAAUAACCCAGAUUCCAGGAUAGAAUUUGUGAGCAUGGGCGCCGAUCACCCAGGCUACCAACGCGUAAUCGUCAACAGACUGGAACGAAACCUCUACAGGAAAGUCAUUGGAGAGCUUCGUGUAUGGGAUUCGGAGAGGAGGGAGUUCCACACACCUCGCAAUCUCCAAAAAGACCAUAAGCCCACAGCUACGUUCCAAGCCUCCAAAAUCUGGGACACCGAGGUCUAUAAGAGCUUUGGAGAUCCACAGAAUAUGGAUCCUAUCAUCACAUCCAACUCAACCUCAGCAGUCAACGCGGGCUCCGUUCCGACCCAAACACCCUCUGAUGCGAGAAUCGCCGCCUGGUCGAAAAACAUUGAGCAAUCAGCAAAUCCGAACGUCGCCCCCGAUGCACCGAUUGAAUCUGGACCACCGACGCGCCGCAGAGUUGCAAUAGAGUCAGACAGCGAGGAUGAUGAGCCAUCUGUCCCUGUUCCUAUGCCGAAAUCCGUCGCCUCAGCUGCUGAAAACGUCACAGAAAACCGGUCAGUUCUGCCGUCGGAGGACGAGGACUUGAUGGAAGCCGAAAGCGGGGCGCCUCAGAUACUGGGAUCUCUUGUGUCUGCGCGUCUGGCUGGCAACGACGACAUAUUGUUCGAUCUAUCAGAAGAAGUUGACAUGGACCAAGCUACAAGGGGGCCCCAAGCGCAAUCUGAGGCUCUUUCGGCUCUUUCGCACGGAGAUCAUGGGGGUGAGAUACCUACAGCAUUGUAUCAAGAGGCCUCGCCUGGACACCAAGAAGAUCACGACAAUGGAGGCGAAUCAAACGAAACAGUCGACACAUCUCCGUUUCAAUCCCAUGCAAGUGCCAGUAGCGAAAUCAAGUCCUCUCCUCAAGUCGAAAAACCGACGGAAGCUCAGGAGACUUCGUCCUCGGCUACAGAUAUUGCGUCUAUGACUCCGGAGGCCUCGAGUGUUGCACCUUACAGACGACCUGCUUUCCAUCCUGGUGGGUACGGGCAUGUACGGUAUAGCCGAGGGCAGAGAGUUCCGCGUGGCUAUCGCGGACGGACGUACACCCGUCACCACGGGGACGGACGACCUGGGGCUAGUCACACUUACGACCACAUUGAAAGCCAGCGCCCUGUGCAACCGGAGGGAUUUUGGGCAUGGGAACAAGCAGGAGAGUUCUAUCAGCGAGGAACUGGAAGGCCCCGCUGGAACUACUCCGAGGGGGCGUCGAGGAGCCGUGGCUUUCGAGGUCAACAAUCGCGAUCCACUUACAGCCCUCUCAUCGACCUGAGGACCCCUGCUAGUAUUGGCCAUCCUCCCACUGUGCCACCAGACCUGGAAUGCAACGUAGUGCUUCAGGCUACGAACACGACUGAUGGUAAUCCUAAUCAAUCGAGCGAUCCUGCAGAGCCUCUCCCACCCAAGAUUACCCGGUCAGAAUCACAUACGCACUCCGAUGUAAUGUCUGGAUCCUCUGCUUCGAAAUUGGCACGGCUCAGAUUCAGCGAAGAAGGAUCUGACUACGUUACAACGUUCAUUCCGAAAAUCGAUCAGGAUGCCGUGAGAGUAGAGACGCUACAAAAAUUGCAAGAUGCAAUAGCAGCGAACAAAAAGGCGACAGAACGGUCACCCAAACUUCAUUCUACAAUGCGCCAACAGGGUAAAAAUCCUGGAAAGACGUUUGCAAAGCGGGAGACGGACGCGGAGAAGAAAACGCGCAUCGCUGCGGCGUUGGCAGACGCAUAUCCAACCUCGACCAAUAUCCCACCAAGAUCACGAACAAGCUCUUCCAAGCGAGAGCAGAUGAGCCCAUGGAAGCGACAAGGAGUGGAAAAACAGUCGGCUGAGGGACAAGUGGCACGCGACCUUCGAAUUAUGCAGACGAAAAAGCUCAUCUCUCUCUUGGAGCCAGCGUUUGAGAGUAGCAGAGCUUUUAGCGGCAAGUUGAGGUUUGAGCUGCAAUUCGGCCAAGUUCUCGUCACACCGAGGCAGCCAUUACGCGACAGCAUCUAUCAUAGUGUUGAGGACUGGUCAUCAUACUUUGAUUGUCAUCCUGGAGCAGCGCCGACCCACUCCAGUUUCACCAAGAUCUUGACGUCGAACGGUGCAGACAUCGACCGUGUCCUCGAAAUCAAGGCAAACACUGGGAAUGUGAUUAGCAAGGGCAAACUUUGGAAUGCGUCUCCAGGUCCACAGUCUGUCAGCUACGAAUUUCAUUGCCAAAGUCGUUUGAACGAGGACUUUCAGAUUGUUGUAGACCAAUCUGGAAGAUACGAAUUGAGAAAGGGCCUGGUCACCAUCAGUGAUGUCAACAUGCAUGUGCCGGCUCAGGUCUGGGACCUCUCUGCCACGCUGACAGGGCCCUUGAAGUGGCUGGACCCCCCAGAGACCGUCGCUCAGAGUGUCAGCACUUUUGUCGAAUCUCUCUAUGUCUUGCCAGGGCGUGACAAGCUGAUGCUGGUGUUCCGACAGCCCAAUGACCUUGAAAUCCAGGUUCGCAACCUGGUCGUAAAACGAGAUAGCUACCACAGCAGCAGUCUUCCGGAUAGCCAAGACAUCCUGCUCAAGGUGACAGAGGCAAAGAACCUUCAGUUCCGGGUUCACCCAGAAGAUAAGGGACUCUGGCAAGGAUACGAAGGCGCCGAAAAUGCUUACAAAGACCUUGCAGACGGCGGCCAUAUUCACUAUGAACUGUCGCUUGUUCAUAAAGGGAUCAAUGAUGUGCUCACAACGAACGAGGCUCUGGAGAUCGGGGAACUUACUGACGCGGAAACCACCGGGAAAUCCCUUCUUGAUAUGACUACCAUCCAUUCCAUGCUCGACAUUGCGAUCCAAACAGUUUCCAGGAUGGAUUUCGUCGGUCUGCGAAACUAUGGCACCCAACAACGCCUGGCGGACGAGGCCCGAAAACACGUUGAGCAACUCGAAGCAAUCCUUGGCCCGAGAGCAAAGACUAUCCUUCAGCUUCCUAACGCGAGCCAGGAGCCUUCUCCAGUCCCAAGUCGAUCUCAGACGGUUAAGAACAACAGUACGGCUGCCGGCGGAGCCUCGGUGAUGCAACAGUACGUUCCUGGUGUGCGCAUGAACACAGAGGCCCACGUAAUGAUUGAUGAGUCGGGAAAUCGCUACCUGCUGGGCCUGGGUGGUGCGAGAAUCCCUCUUGUUGACGAUGAAAAACCAUCUGGCUCUGGAGAGUCAGUCCAACCGGACGAUAGCGCGAGUCAAGCUGGUGGGAUGAAGACACACCUGCGGUUUGCGCCGAGAGGGUAUAAGCACACCGAGCGACACGCGGGGUUCUGGUAG